AUGAUUGUGGAGAAGCCUCGCAAUGUGAAAGACGCCUGUCUAUCGUUUUGCAACUCACACAAAAACGGAGUUUCUACCGGCCAACAACACAAAGUUUACACAGGAGUUGUGAUUCUCCUGCCGCAUGCCACAGGUUCUCUAGAUUUGCUUCCCUAUCUCUGUCGGGCCCUCGUUUCAAUCCAGGAGUUUGGUAAUCUGGACGAGGCUACCAUCACAGCAUACAUCGCGACCGGGGAGCCCAUGGACAAAGCUGGCUGUUACGGCAUCCAGGUUCCUUAUCACCUUCGUAAUUCAUUCAAUGCCUUGCAGGACGUGGGCGCCUCACUCGUCAAGUCCGUCAAUGGAUGCUUCUACAACGUCGUUGGCUUCCCAAUCCACCGGUGA